UACGCUUAAUUAAGCAUCUUUAAAAUAACAUAUGUGAGUAUUUGUGAAACAGUCUCAGCCUGAUGUUGCCUCUGAUGUGGAAGGAAUGGAUAAGAUUUAAGGUAAUUUGAUUUAUUUUCAAUAAGGUGCAGCUUUUGUUUUACGACCAUCCCACUGAGCAGUUUGCAUUGUUUCUGCCAGGUAUUUCAAAUAGCCUGAAACUUGAGUUUGUGUAAUAGUCAGAGCCAGAACUCAUUUUGCUUGAACAAUAUUUUCCAUCACACUUCAAAUAUUAUUAUUCCGGAUGUGUUGUGAAACAGGAUAUCUCUCACAUCUGUCUUGCUGAUAUCGUUUUAUGUCCAUUUGAGUUUUUGAUAAUAAAAAUCUGUAGGCUAUAAAACUAUUGGGUUUUUUUUUAAGGAUGAUAAUUAAAGGAAUUUUAGAAAAUGCUAAUUAGUGAUUUAGUUACAACAUUAAAAAGAAAAAAGUGUUCUUCUAUGGCUGACUUUUUGAUCAGAGAAGAUGGUUCAAUGUCCAAUCAUUGGUUAAAUAUUCCCUUUAAUAAUCUAAAGAAAACAAUCACACCAUCUACAUCCCAUCCAUCUGGGAACAAAGAAACUGUAAUCAUUGUUGAAAAAUGUAAGUAAAAAAAUGUUCGGCACUGCUUGCUGGGACCAUCCCAGUUAGAAAACUUUCCUCCACAGUCGUCCUCCCUCGGCUGCUCCCUCUUGUUUGAGACCAACUAAUGAGGCGGCUAAACUCAUUAAUUGGACACUUAAUUGGCUCCUGUCGCUGCGCGCGCUGCUUCCGCUGGUACUUGUCACCCGCCGUCCCUCCCUCGUGCUGCCUGCCAGACAUCACAAUCCCACCUUGUCACAACGAUUUAGGGUCAGCGCCUCCUGAGACGGGAAGGUGCUGCUCUCGCCGUGGACCCCCCACCCCUCCACCACCACCACCUCCUCCACCACCUCCCCUCUAUCAGUAUCUCCCUCCCACUCUAUCUCGGUGUUUUAUGUCUGCGUCACAACAAGUCGGUGGAGAGCGCGAGGCAGGGAUGAUGGCGUCUCUGGCGGCUUGAUUCCGGUGCUGCUCUGACAAAAAACCCGCCUUAAUAGCAUCAAUAGAGGGGGGGCGAGGAGGGUGAAAGCAACGGGAACAUGACGAAACGGCACAGCGGAGGACGGACAAACUAGGCUGAGAGACGGACGGACAGUCAGUCAGUCGCCUUCCCCCCCCCCCCCCCCUCCCUCCACUCCUCCCCCUCCUCCUCCUCGGCUUGACUGACACACACAGGCGCUUGGCACAGACAGGGACAUACAUGCACAUCAUCCACUUUUUGCAAACACGCAGGCUGCGCAUCCGAGCGGGCAGUAAUUGGGCAGCGGAGAUCCACAUCAGAUGAGGGCAUUUCAUGUCAAGGCUGCCCAGGAAUCACUGUGACCCCGACGGAAAGGAGUUCGACUUGACAGGAUGGGGGGAGUAAGUGAAGGAGAUGAUGUGUUGGCUCGAUGGAGUGAUGGACUACUGUACCUCGGAAAUGUGAAAAGAGUAGAUGGAGUCAAGCAAUGUUGUCUGGUGAGAUUUGAGGACAACUCCGAGUUCUGGGUGCUGAGAAAGGACAUUCACUCGUUCGCUGCUGGAGUGGAAGAAGUUUGCUGUAUUUGUGACGCCCCGCCUCUUAAAGAACCCCUCAUAAAUUGUCUUAAGUGUCGCCACGGUUAUCAUCCAGAGUGCCACACGCCAACCAUCGAACCGGAAGCCGACAGCGAUUCCUGGAUAUGUCGGCAAUGUGUCUUUGCCGUCUCAACCAAGAGAGGAGGGGCCCUGAAACGGGGACGCUUCGCCCGGCUCAUGCAGUUCAUGAAACUCCGGCUCCCCUACCAGCUGUCGUCGUUAGACUGGGACCCGCAGCAUCUGACCAAUCAGCAGCAGUGUUACUGCUACUGUGCCGGCCCUGGAGAGUGGAAUCUGAAGAUGCUGCAGUGUGGAAGCUGCGGUCAGUGGUUCCAUGAGGCCUGCACACAGUGUCUAACCAAGCCAUUACUCUAUGGAGACAGGUUUUAUCAGUUCCAGUGCUCAGUAUGUACAAAGGGACCAGAGACCAUCCAAAGACUACCCAUGACCUGGGUGGAUCUGGCUCAUUUAGUCCUCUACCAUCUCUCGCUCUGCUGCAAGAGGAAGUACUUUGAUUUUGACCAUGAAAUCCUGUCCUUCACCAAUGAGAAUUGGGAGUCGUUGCUCCUAGGCGCGCUCUCUGACACGCCAAGGCAAGACCGCUGUCACAAUCUCCUCAACGCGCUGAACUCGCACAAGGACAGGUUUGUGUCCGGAAAGGAGAUCAAGAAGAAGAAGUGUCUUUUCGGGCUUCAGGUCCGAGCCCCGCCUCCGCUGACGACCGAUUCGUCGCCCCUCAUCACCGACCCACCUAUCAGCAUCACGCACCGGAGAAGGUCAGACCCGUUGUCACUGGCCUGCCAGAGGAGAGUGGGGGGGCCGGAGUCACGUAAAUCAAAGCGCCGCAUCAUAGAGACACAGCCUUGUCCACCCCCAGUCGAUGCCAACCCUAUUGAGCUGCUGCCAUGUUGCCAUGGCUACAUGGGAGGGGCCAGCCUUUACAACUCCAGGAAGUCAGAGGAGGAGCUUGGUUUGAGCUCUCCUCCCAAGCGGAUGUACGCCCUGUACCACACCUCGUAUAACGGAAAUACAGCCCUCUCCCGGAGUCUCCAUCACUACAACAGCGUGGAGGACUCCUGCAGAAUACCACCUCCUUGCUUCCCGUACCCACUUAACUCCAACGGCAACCAUCACCAUCACAACCACCACCAACUCCACCAGCACCAUCACAGCCACCAACAGAAUCACCAACACAACCACCAAAGUAAUCACCAACACAACCAUCAACACAACCACCAACACAACCAUCAACACAACCAUCAACACCAACACCAACACCAGACGGGGCAGAAGCAGCUGGAGCCGGUCAUCCUGCGAGAUCUGCCUCCUUACCAGGCCGGCAUGGGCGGAGGGGGAGGUGGAGGUGGAGGUGGAGGUGGGGGAGGUGGUGGUGGAGGUGGAGGUGGAGGAGGAGGAGGUGGAGGUGGGGGUGUUGGGGUAGGAGGAUCUGAAGGGACAGUGACCCGCAGCUGGGGAGGAGGGGAGGCAGUGCGGAUUUUGGCCAGACGUGUCACACCUGGCGGGAAGGUGCAGUACCUGGUGGAGUGGGAGAAUGUGAGUUUGUACUGAAACAGACUGAGUCGACAUGAGACGCUAUGACUGUUUUUCCACAGGAAUACUGUGUUUGUAAAAUGUGGAGGCGUUUAAAAGGUACACAUGGGACAAAAAGGGGGGGGGGGGAAUCUGUACACGUUGCAAAUCCAGGUCGCUCUCAAAGUUUCACCUCUACUGAACAUCACUAUAGCUCACUACUUGUUACUAAAUGUCCCUCUUUGCUAGUGUUUCUCUGGUAUUUGUACUGUUAACUUUGGAAUAUGCCUUUUGCAUUUAUCAUGUUUUACAGUGAUGAGGGAAGACAUGUAAACCUCCGGAUCAUUUGUUGAUAACUCGCCCACAUCAAGAAGAAAAGAUUUUUAUGGUACAGUAAGCAACAGUAUAGUUUAAGAAAUUACAAAAAAUUGCAUUUCUCUUUUUGUUUGAGCUUUUUUGCCUUUAUUCAAUAGGACGGCUGAAGAGAGACAGGAAAUGUUGGGAGGAGAGGUCCCAACAGGUCAGAGGUCAGAUCUGAACCCAUGGCUGCUGCGACGAGGUCAAUAGCCUCCGUACAUGGGGCGUGCGACAUAGCCGCUAGGCCAUCUGGCACCCCUAUAAUGCUUAAGUUAAUGGGAAAAAACAAGCUAGAAAAAUGAAGAAUAUAAUUCCACCAUCCAACCUGCUCUGAGACUCAAACCUGUUUGGCCACCAAUUCUCUGGAGGUUUUCAUGUCUCCCCUCAUGGCUGUACGUUUUGACGAGAUUGUAAACAUGUUAUUACGGGGGUUACUUCUUAAUUACGUUAGAUUUUUGUCAUGAUUUACAUUUAGACUUCUGUAAGUAUUAGAAAUAGGAGCCACAAGAGGGCUUUUGUUUUAUAGAUAGAAUUAUAUAUUCACAAUAUAUUGCUAUGAUCGAAUAACUUUGAUUUAUUUUUUUGCCGUGGUUGCAUAGUGCCUCUAUGGGUUGUGUACCUGCUUAUUGGUCAGCUGAUCGGAGUCAACCAAUCAGAAGACAGACCGAUUAGGAAGGUCAUAUUACUGUAAAUUACAAACGAAGGCAGAUACAUGGGUACACACGACUCAGUUAUAAUGUUUUUUUUUUUUUUUUUAAAUCAGAGCAGACUGUGACGUUACUGUACAUUCCAAAUAAACAAAAAAAAGAAAUGUAUAAUUUAUUGAGAUGUCCGUUUGAAGUUUCCAAACAGGAAAUUUAUUUAAAAGAAUGAUUUGGUUUUUUUUCCGAUGAAUGUUGUUUUGUCACCACAGAUCAGCCUAAGGUCCAACCACUGUUCAUCUUAGUGUAAGAAUUCUGCAGGCCGACUUAAACCUUGAAAUAUUCUGGUGCAGACCCAAACCUCUAAUUACACAUCUCUAUCGAACACUCUAAACUAACAUAUUAUAGUCCCCAUUUAUUUCUUCUUAAAUCGAAAUAAACUUGGUUAUACUUUAUUUGAAGAGGUAUGAAUAAGACUGCCUGACAUUAGGGGUGGGAAAAAAAAUUGAAUUAUUAAAAAAUCGAGAUUCUUAUCCUCUGAGAUUUUAAACAGAUUCAUAACUUCCAAAUAUAGAUAUUUUUUUUGGGGGGGGAGGGGCUAAUCAGUCACUCCCUGCUAAGCGCUAAGGCUAGCUCUUUAACUCAGCCAAAUGGAGCAGCAAGAAAUUCAGCCAUUCUCACAGAUGAGUGGCCAGUCGUCUGUGAGACUGUCAAUCGUUUCUGUAUACACACACAUAUAAACAAAUACACACACACGCUAUCCUGAUUUGCAUUUGCAUAGCGCGAUUCUGCCAGUCGGCGGCAAUUCCUGGCAGUUUCAGGCAGUUUAGUGUGUUGACUGUAAAUUCCCGUUUAUUUCAACUUCCACGCCAAUGAACUGUGACGGUUACUGCUGGAAGUCCCACUUUUCAUGCAGUGUGAGUAGAUCCUGAAGUUAAAAAAAAGACUUUGAAUCAUGUUUUGAAUCGAAAUUAGAUUCUGAAUUGUGAACCCAAGAAUUGAAAUCGAAUCGUGAGACACCCAAAGAUUCCCAGCCCUACCUAUCAUUAUCAUGACAUGACACCUGGCAUAACCAUGAAGGAGCCUUUAUGAAUGUUUAUUGUUGUUGUCAUUCAGUCAGUUAUGUCACUUUGAAUGCAAAGGUGACACUGUUAAGGAUGUCUUCGUUAUGACACCUUGACAUUAAACAAGUCAUGGUUGUGACAAUGUCAUGUCAGUCUUAUGCAUACCCCUCAAAGAAAGUGUUACCAAAAACGUACACAUGAAACUGGGCCUAUUUAAAUAACGAAGCCGUCCACAUAAAGGUUAAAAAAACAAGCGCAAAUGUACCAAGCCUCUGAAGUCCCAAAAAGUAAAAGUUUAAGUUUUUAACUUAUUCUCCACUAUUAUGCGCACAUUAUAACUUGUGCAUACAGUCUAAAAUCUUUCACUCUUUUUGAACAUCAGAGGCUCCGUAUAAAUGUUAAAAUUAAAAAUCGGAAACAAUAAAUAUAUGUUUAUUUAUCCUAGAUGAUUUAUUGAAUCCCCACGUGCAGUACCUUGAUAGUCCACCAGGGUGCAGUGGCUCAUACAUUGGGGAUCACUGUUGAAAGUUCACUCCUUGUUUUUUCAAAGUGACAGUACAGGUAAAGAAGACACUGAAUCUACAAACUAAACUGUUCUUUUACAUUUCAGGGUUUUAAAGGUCUUUAAUCUCAAAGAUUCAACAUUGAUUUAAUUCAUUCAUUCAAGGCCUGACUGAUCUUCUCAGAUGUAUUUACAGAGGAAAGUUCUGGCUGCAGCUGGAUGUUUAUCUUUGUGCAGCCGGGUUACAUAAAUCUAAAAUACUGUGGUGCAAGUUCAGAGUUUAUAUUUUAAUACAGAGGUUUAUUUCAGCAAUGUGUUGGAUAUAACUUACACAAUGUGUACUUUUACAGUUCUGUCUUAAAAGACUGCAUUAUAGCUUAAGUUGGAAAAAAAAUCAUACUGUUAAAAUCACACCAGUGCAAAACUAUCUUGAUUUUCUUUAAAUACUGAACCUCUCCGUUUAUUCUCCUGCACUAUAGCUUACAUUUCAGGGCAGUGAAAUGAUGUUGCAUUACCAUUUCCAUCCUCCUCAGUGACUAUUUGACUGUAGUUUAUUAGGAAGAGGUGUGUCGAACAUUUUUAGGCGCUGGUGAUGAAUGUAUUUGUGUGUUUUCUAUGGUAUGUCUCUACCCGUCAAGUGCUCGUUAUAGGUUGUACUCUUGUUGGAACAGAACCAGAUUAGUUUAAAACUAAAUAGGAGGAAAUACAGACAUCAACAUUGAGGAAACAUUUUAUUUUGAGAGAGGUAGUUUUAUUUUUUUUUCUGAUUAGAAGUCAAGUCCAAGUUCAGUUUGAUGUAUUUUUUGAGAAGUUAUGUUUGUACAUGUAUACUCUGCGUUGACACCUAAUAUGUAACAUGAAUAAUAAAACAAUGUUUCACCUCGUA